AUAUGGCUUCUAGUGAGGUGGACUCCCUGACAUGUUUCUCUUUUUUACUCUCUUUUACACUCUUUUUUUUUUUUUUUUUUGGUCCCCUCAACUGAAGGAAGUAAAAUACCCUGAGAUGGCAUGCAGCAUAAGAGGACCAGUGUGCGAUGUACAGCCAAAGGCCUCCAAGCCUCCAAGUGGUGGUUGUUCUGGUUGGCAGUCAGGGUGUGGAUAAGAGGGGUGUGGGGUAGAUAAUGAACAGGAGUCCUUGACUGUGGUGUAUUAAUGCCCUUCCUCUUUUACUUGUGCGUGUGGGGUGGGUCCUACAAGUUCCCUGCAGGUUUCACAGCAGCAUAGCUGAUGUGGUGGAAAAAGAGAGCACAUGGGAAAGGAAUUUUGAAGGAAAUACGUGGUAUUUUAUAUUGGUGGAAGAGCUGGAGGUCCGGCCAAGCUAAGAGACCAGAGGCCCCCGUGUGCGCAUGAGGAGGAUGGGGGGGGGGCACGGUCCCGGCCCCGGCCAAGUUGCUCUCGAGGAAUGUCGCUUUCCCUUCCGUACGUGCUGGCCCUGCGUCGUGCGUCACAAAGAGGCAGUGCGUUCCUCCAAGGGACCAAACCCUUUCCCAUGUUUGGGCUCUGAACAUGCUUUUGGGACUUAAAAAAGGUCCCUGAACACAUUCCUGAAAACACGUAGUGGAACAUGUUACAUGAUAAUAUUCGAUCCACCUGCCGAAUGUACUUGUACUGUUGGUUUAAAUACGUCAGCUUUGUCAGGGGUUAUAAUGUCAUGUGUACAGUUCUCUAUGGGUUUUCCCUUGUUCAGCUCUGCUGAUGUAAAGCGUUUAAAUGAAUCCCACUCUGAGGAAGGAGAACCAGUUAACAUAGCAUGAGUCACCCAACAUGAAUGUGUCCUUAGUAUUAGUUUGGUAUUUGGUAUUUGAGCGUCCUGUGGGCUUUGCCUUUUGAGGAUCCCCACCCCACACUCAUCAGUCCAGUCAUGGCAAACCACAAGAGUGACUGCAAACUUCUUACACUGAGUGCACUCAGGUUAAGGCUCCGGGCUGGCAGCACGCACUGAAUUAAUUGUUUGGACCACGUCACUAAUACUUCUCCUGCUGAACAGAAUGUUGUUAAGAAGUCUGAAGUAAGGGCUGAUUAUAAUUUUUUCCCCCUUGCUCUGUGUAGUUUCCUUGUUCUUACUCUGGUUGUACCGCAAUCUAUUUUAAUCUUGUGGAGUCAUUGCACAUAAAUAGAACAGAGAGAACCGAGACCUGUGUUGCGUAGUACAGACUUAACCAUGAAACAAUCCCGGUGUGCCGGUCAGAGAAAGUGUGGCUUAUGGUUGAGGCAGUAGUGUUUUGCUUCCUAAUGAGGUAUCACUUAUCGCAUUUCCACUUAAAUUGUGCCGUUGGCAGAAUUUUGUGUCAGCACACUGAGCUAAAUAUAACCUGGAGAGUUAAAUAAGGGCAUGGAGCGAGCCAGGAAAGCCCAGUGUAAUAGGAUCCAGCCCGUCAGCCUCAGUCCUAAACCUGAUAGAGUGCAUUGUCUAAAUGCUAAAAUACAACAGUGACUGUGUAAGGGAAACUAUUCGUCUGUGAUACUUGACCUUCUGGAAUUUUCCACAUAUCUGUCACAAGACAUUAAAAGCCUACAGUUUGGGUUUAGGCCCAUCCUAUAAGAUAACGUCUUAGGGCUGUUCAGUUAACUUGUGUGGUUUAGGCCCUACUGCUGGGGUUGUUCACUGCUGGGGUACUCAGAAAACACCCACUUAAAUAAACAGUGUCAGUGACAAACUUGUAGCUGAAGUUUCUUGUUCACCCACAGCUUACUAGUUCCUUAGAAUCACAUGUGGGUUGAGCACAGAGCUGGAUACAACAUUAUCACAUCUAUUUAAGGUCAACAAGGCCUUCAUGAAUAUUUCCAAGACCACUUGGUCGACUGGCAUUUCUCUUUCAUGUGACCACACUCUUAUCUGCACACUGCUGUUCUCUCCCUCUCUCUCUCCCCCCUCCUCUCUAAACACACAACACACACACACACACACACACAGUGCUCCUCAGAUCAUGCCAUUUGUGUAGUUUCCACACCAUGUGUGUGGCAAGCUUGGGAUUAUGAAUGAAGCUUGUUUACCAUUCGGGCCCCAGCCAUGUGACUCCCACUCCCACACCCAUUUGCGGAGCGUCACCAUGGCAGCAGCCUUGUGCAGAGUUCACGGGGGUGCGCGCUGACGCUGUCAAGCGACUCCUGAAAUGGUGCCUGGGGACAGCGUGCCUUUUCACAGACGCACAGCGAGAGGCUCUCUCUUUUUGGCCGAGGCAAUGGUCUCGCGACCGCCGUCUUCCCGCUGUAUACAGAUUGGCCUCUUCGGAAAAAAAAAACCCCGCCAUGGCAAAAAAUAGCCGGCGGAUCUGAAUAGCUAAGCAGAGAGAUCAGACAAAGCCCCGUGGCGAGGCUGACCCGUUUCUAUUAUUGCUUUCUCACAACGGUCUAGUGAACUACUUUGUGAGAGUGCUCCCUCAGCAAGUAAACAAGGGCAGUCCUUGUCUAGUUGGCAUUUUGUGAGCUUUGACUGACCUCUGCUGGUAUGUAGAAGUGUUGCAGGAUUUAUGAUUUGGAGUUCUUGGUGAACAGUCGGCUUGAAACUUAGCAUUUUUGGAGGACUGUGGCCAGUUGUGUUUAUGCAGGGCAUGACGACCAAUUUUAAAGCCAGCAAAGCUUUAAAGGUAAAGAAGGAGGCGGGUGAGAAUGCGCCGGUGCUUAGUGACGACGAACUGGUGGCCAUGUCUGUGCGGGAGCUCAACCAGCACCUGCGCGGGCUGACCAAGGAGGACGUGGUGCGGCUGAAGCAGCGGCGGCGCACGCUCAAGAACCGCGGCUACGCGGCCAGCUGCCGCAUCAAGCGCGUGACUCAGAAGGAGGAGCUGGAGCGGCAGAAGCAAGAGCUGCAGCAGGAGGUGGACAAGCUUGGCGAAGCGAAGCGCCAGCAUCGCCUGGAGCUGGGCGGCUUGCGUAAAGUCUGGCUCCAGUGCCGCCGGACCGUCACCCGCGCUGGGGUGACCGCCGCUGGCGGGGGUGGCAAGAUGCCCGGAGGGGGCAUGGGCAUGGGCGCCGCCGCCACCAGCGUCAUCACCAUCAUAAAGUCGACCAACAACCACGGCAGCCCGCCACCCGCCACUCCGUUCUCUGCGCCGUCCUAGUGGCCGGACAGGGGUGGGGUGGGAUAGGUGGAGGACGUAUGCACGCUCAGAUGGUCCCUCUUCAUCUGGUCUCCUGACAACCAGUUCUGAACCCAAAAUGACCCGGACCUGACCCCCCCCACCCGUGCUGAGGAGGUCGCUCAGUAACAGGACUGCAGGGUGGGUGGGUGGUACUGUGGCCAUGCCUCUGUGUGAUUUACUUUAAGGCUGCAUACAUCUCUCUCUCUCUCUCUCUCUCUUGUUUUACAUGAUCUGUGCACUGUGCUAUGAACCCCCAGCCCCUUUAGGUUCCCAGCACCGGCAGGGUACACUAGUCCCUAAUCGGCGACUCCC